GGUGGAUGCCUGCGAAUCAAAAGUGGAGAUAGUAACUCCGUACUGGGCAAGUAAUAGUGCUGGAAAAAUUCGCGCCAUCGUCAACACCCAACACUUCGAGCAAGCGAUUCACCAGGAAGUCUGUUCAAAAACUCACACGAAUCGUUGCAACGGUGACUGCGGAUGUGAGCAAAAAUACAAAUGGCACAGAUUGCUGGCCUAUGACCCCGACAACGACUGCAAAGGAAUCUUCAUGGACUGGUUUUUAUUCCCCUCGUGCUGUGUCUGCCGCUGCGAUCCUCAAGGAAAAUUCCCCAGCACCUCCUCGACCCCCAGUACCCAAAGGGGUUGACAAAAAGUGUCGAAAAAAAAAAAGAAAAAAAAAACCGCUUGACCAAUCCAAACAUUACAUCCCCAAAAACUCCUUCCACUUUUACUGUGACUUUAAUCUCAAAAAAUGUCUCGAUUGCUCCCAAAAUAAUUUAUUCAAUUCCAAGAAUUCUGGAGAUCGCAUUACCCAUGGAAUCUGUGCAAUCACGCAAU